GUAAUAUUUUAAAUGUAAGAGGAAACCUUUUAAUUAUAAUAAAAACAGGUGAUAGAAAAUAGCCUUAGGAAAAUUCUUAAACCUCUUUAACGCAAAUGUCAAUCUAAACAUCAAGAAAUUGAUGAUUUUUACUCAACUUUGGAAAACAGCUAAGAUGUCUAUGCAAUUUCAAACUUCUCUAAAAGAGGAACUAAUUUCUCAAUAGAAGAGGAAUACAAUCCAAGAAUUAUUUAAAAUCCUUUGGUUAAUGAAUUACCUAAUUUUUCUUAAGUUUAAAAUCUAUUCAAUCAUACAAUCCAAUAAUAACCUGAAAUUACUUAUGUUUAAAGUGAUCUACAUCAAAAUGAAAUUUCAAACUAACAUAACCUUGAACUAAAAUAAUAGAAUCCAAAGAAUGUUUAUAAUGAUAUGUUAGAAGAUCUUCUUGCAGAUGAUUAUAAGUUAAUAGAAAUUGAUGAUAUCAAUUAUAUACAGACGUUUCAAAGUAAUAUAUUUGAAAAUCAAAAAAAGGCAUCUAGAGAUAAAAAGCAGACACCAAAAUUUUUUCAUUAAGAUCUCACUAAAGGUAUUCAUAAAAUAUCAAUAAAAAAAUGA